AUGAACGCGCUCUGUUUACACCAUCAUCAUCGGAGGAUAUCGCUCCCGUUUCGCGCCACCGCUGCUCCUACAUUGAAGACGAGGAAGGGAUGUCAUCGAAAUCCUCCUCGCGCAUCGUUUGGUGACGAUGAAGAAGAAGAACAAGGAGAUGAGAAUAAAACACCGUUGUCCUCGCUAAACUCCGCCAUCGAAUUGCGCUCGAAGUUGCAAGAAGUUGCCUUGGUCGCGCAAACGAGUCCUCAAAAUAACUGGCAAGAUGUAUUCGGCGACCAAACGGCAUUUGUGUACGAACCGAAGUCGUCGUCCAUAACCUGGGGUUUUGUACAUUUCCUCGGCGGCGCGGUGUUAGGGCAAUAUCCGCAGGUGUGUUACGACGCGUUUCUGAGCGCGGUGAGCGAACGCACCGGGGUGACGAUUAUCGCGACGCCGUACGAGUUAGGGACGAAGCACGGUGAAAUGGCGAAGAAGACACGACGUGCGUUCGAGAGGGCGAAUCGAGUGGUGCAGGAAAGGAAUGGGUUGGACGCGGGGGAGAAUGUGCUGCCGGUGUUUUACGUAGGGCAUAGUUUGGGCGCUAAACUUCACGCCGUGGCGAGUUUUUACGACGAAGAAUCGAACGAUAAUAGUGAUAGUAAUAGUCGUAGUGGUAGUAAACAACACUUUCUCGUCGCGUUUAACAACGCGUCGGCGACGGACUCGGUGAAGAUUUUAGAAAAAUUCGCGAAAGAGUUGUUGAGCAAACGCGAAGGUGGCGGUGGCGAAGCGGCGAGUUCGCAAUUCGACGCCAUUUUCGAUCGGUUGGUACCAUUCGCGGAGGUGGCUGCGAAGGCGGCGGGAUUGGAAUUUUCGCCGAACGCGGUGGAGACGUUAGACGGCGUAGCAAACGGAAAGUUUAAAUCCGAUAAAGUCACGUUGUUGUCGUUUACUAACGACGAGCUAGAUCAGUGCUCGAGUUUGCGAGAGGCUUUGGCGGAUGGCGGAGUGAGAACGAAUAGCGUGGAGAUUCCCGGUGACCAUUUAUCGCCGGUAUAUUUAGAUUUAGAUAAAUACGCGAAAAUGAACCCGAUGAUGAAUCGAUUGAGUGGCGUGCGCAUCGGCGACCGAGAGGCGGUGGAGAGGAUUGCGAACGAGAUGGUGAAGUUUUUGAAGUCCUAA